AUUAUAUAUUUCAUAAACGAUAAAUAAAUAACGAUAAAUAAUAAUAGUAAUUUUUUUUUUGUUUCGUGUUUGAAGUAUCUUUCGUAAGAACGGCAUUAGGAAGGUUGUGAAAGGAAGAACCUGUUAUAACACAUUGUAUGGAUGGAAGAGUGAGAGUGUAUGAAAAUAGGUAUAGUAUGCGAUUUCUUGUGAUCGUGGAGGAGAGACGGUUCUUAGUUUCAGACUAUACUAAAUUCUGCGUUCUUGAAGAAGGUAGACGUAACUGGAAAUAUAUUCAGUCAUUACACAAACCUAUGACUGAAAAUUGGAGAACAAUUUUUGUAACUGGAGGUGCUGGUUAUAUUGGUAGUCAUUGUAUUGUAGAACUUUUAGAAUGUGGAUAUGAUGUAGUAGCUAUAGACAAUUUUGCAAAUAGCGUUGUAGAAGGUAAAGGGGAAUCUGCAGCUCUUAAAAGAGUUGAAAAAAUAACUGGAAAGAAAGUUAUAUUUUAUAAUUGUGACCUAAUUAAUAAAAAUAAUCUUGAAGAAGUAUUUAAUAAGCAUAAAAUAGAUUGUGUCAUUCAUUUUGCGGCUAUAAAAGCAGUGGGAGAAUCUAUGCAAGUUCCACUUCAUUAUUAUAAGAAUAAUAUUAUUGGUGCCAUUAAUUUACUAGAAGUAAUGAAAGCUGCUGGUUGUUUUCAAUUAGUUUUUAGUAGUUCUUGUACAGUAUAUGGAGAACCAAAUGAAUUACCAAUAACUGAAGAACAUCCUACAGGAAAUAUAACUAAUGUAUAUGGUCGUACUAAGUAUUUUAUCGAAGAGAUGCUCAAAGAUAUAUCAAGAGCUGAAAAGAGUUGGAAUAUAAUCUCUUUAAGAUACUUCAACCCAGUAGGUGCUCAUCCUAGUGGAUUAAUAGGAGAAGAUCCAACAAAACCAUUUACAAAUUUAAUGCCAUAUAUCGCACAAGUUGCAUUAAGUCAUAAACCUGAACUCAUUAUCUUUGGUGGUGAUUAUCCUACAAAGGAUGGAACAGGAAUUCGAGAUUAUAUUCAUGUCAUGGAUUUGGCAUCUGGUCAUGUAGCUGCUUUAAAUGCUUUACAUAAACAGCAUGUCAAACUAAAAAUUUACAAUUUAGGUACUGGACAAGGAGUAUCUGUUCUUGAAUUAAUAAAAACAUUUGAAAAAGUGACAGGUGCAACUGUUCCAUAUGUUAUAAAAGAUAGGAGAGAAGGCGAUAUCGUCUCGAUGUUUGCUAAUACAGAUUUAGCAGAGAAGGAACUUGGAUGGAAAACUAAAUAUAAUGUUGAACGAAUGUGUAAGUUUUAUAUAUAUAUAUGUGUGUGUGUGUAUAUAUGUAUAUGUAUAUCAAUUACAUUGUGUAUAAUGAAAAACAUAUAUUUAAUAAUAUAUUUUAAUAAAGGUGAAGAUUUUUGGAGGUGGCAAACAAUGAAUCCGUAUGGAUAUCGUGCGCCAAUAAAAAAUGGCAUUCAUAAUCAUGUAAAUAAUACUACAUAAACAUAUGAUUUAUAUGCGGCUGUUCUUCACCUUACGCCGUAGGAUAUGUGACUUCAAUGACAGGUAUAGAUAAGAAAUUAACUAAAAGAGCAAUAGGGAAAUACUGUCCUCCACUAUUUCACUAUUGUAUUGUGUAUAAGCUUGUUAGGUUAUACCUCUCUUAUGAGUAACCUAACAAUCGAAUUAGUGUAUAACAAAAAUUUUUGUAUGUAUUAAAAAUAGUAAUACAUCUGACAAAAGCAAGAAAAACCAUAUGCCAGAUUAUACUUCUCUGAAGAUAAAAUAAUUGAAAAGUGUUAAUUGUACAAACUUUAUAUUGUUUGUUUCUUAUUAAACUUAUAUAAAUAAUUAAUAACUUAUAUAAGUAGUCAUUAGUUCUAUAUAAGUAUCAUUAUCUCCGUUGAAAUAUAUAACAAAUAAAAUAUAACAUAUGUAUAAAAGAUAAUAGCAACAAUAGUAGAAAGAGAAUUACUCAUGUAUAUUUGGAAUUCUAAAAUGUGUAAAAAUAAUAACAGAUAUAACUAAGAAUAGAAAAUAUGAUAUUUAAUCUGAAUGACGUGAAUAAAAAUAUA